AUGUAUGAGUUAACCGACAAAGGGAUCUAUGUUGUAUUGGCGUUGGCGGUGACAGUGAUGGUAGCGGUGGCGGGGUGGUGGGGAUGGAGAACUCUGGAAUGGAUGUGGCUCAAGCCGAAAAGGAUGGAGAAACAUCUGAGAAGCCAAGGCAUAAAAGGGAAUCCUUAUAGAAUAUUUUUUGGAGACUUCAAAGAUUCCGCGGCCAUGACCAAACAAAACCAAACCAACCCUAUCGCUAUCUCAGACGACAUCAUUCCUCGUCUCCUCCCCUUCAUUCAGAAAACCAUCAACACCUAUGGAAAGAAAACAUUCAUGUGGUUCGGAUAUAUGCCAAGAGUACACAUUAUGGAGCCAAAACUGGUGAAGGAGGUGAUGUCGAAGAAUUUCGUCUAUCUAAAGCCGAAGAGCAACCCAUUUGGAAGAAUGUUGGUCGGUGGACUUGGUAUCUAUGAACAUGAUCAAUGGGCUAAGCAUAGGAAAAUCGUCAACCCUGCUUUUCGUAUGGAGAAGAUAAAGGUUACACAUUUCUUCUCUAUUCCUUAG